AUGUCGUCGCACUUGCUAGAGCACAGCUUUCUCUUUACCACCGACGAGCGGGAGCUCAUUUACCGCGCCAACAGCGACGUCAACACGCGUCCGAUCAGCUUCGUCACGCGCCUCUUCCACCCGCUAUGGCACCUCAUCAGCUACACCUGUCUCAGUGAGCAGGUGGCGCCCAACGCGAUCACGCUGGCCGGUCUUCUCAGCAGCAUGCAAGCCUACCAACUCAUUAGCACCUACUAUCACUUCGGCGACGGCGCCUCCAGCUCGAAGGAGGUGCUGGACCACGUGAAGUCCACGCUGCAGGCGUUUGGCCUGCGUGGUGCCGGCCAGGUGCCGCUGGGUACGGUGGGCAUUGGACAGGGGAAUUUGGGCUGGGCGACGCUGGCCCGAUCGGUGGGGGCCACGGGCGGCUCUGAAGGCGCCGACACAGGGGAGGCAAGCACCAUCUUGCAGCCCCCGCAGACGGCCUACACAGAUUUCUUCCAUACAGACCGCACCGUGCAGACCGCGACGGUGCUGGCGGUUCUGCUGCUUGUCAUGUCCAUCACCUGCGGCUCCGUCGACGGCGUGCAUGCGAAGCGUUGUCGCAGUGCCACGAGUCUCGGCGACAUCUUCUCGCGCAUUUGCUCCUCCAUGUCGCGUGUGUUCAUGGCGCUGACCCUGCUGGAGAUCUUUCACAUCGAGGAUAUCGGCACGAAGUGGUAUUUUCUGCUGACGCUGCAGCUGAUUGAGUUCAACACGGUGCUCGGGCGCAUCAACGCGUCGAACUUAAAGAAGGACCGAGUAAAGAAUCUUGCCUACAUCGCCACCUAUCUUUUUCGCGACUCGGAGCUGUCCUUUGCGAUGGUGCUGCUGCUGAUCGCGCGCUGGUUCGUUCCAGAGACGUGUCGGAAUAUUCUGGGCUACAUGCUGGCCAACGCCCAGAUCGGCUACAACACCCUUGUGGUGCUGACCUUCGCGAACAUUGGACUGCUGAAGAUGAAGAAGCGCUACAAGGGCAUCAUUGUGCUGUGCCUGGCGGCGCGUGUGCUGCCCCUCUUCUACCUUCUCCCGCUGAGCCAAUACAACCUGCUGAGCGUGAUCGGCGAUGCCAUGAUUGUGGGGUUGCUCUCGAUUGAGGUGUACGUCAGCCACCUCGCCCGGCGCCGCAUCCACGCCGUGGUCUUCUUCCUCUGCCUCGGCUCUCUCUUCAACGACGUCAUCUCCGUCGCCGGCACCAUCAUGUACUUAAUCGCGAUGAUGGUGGACCUCUCCUACUCCUUGAACGUGCCCCUUUUUACGCCGGUGUGCAACGUCUUCAUCGACGGCGUCUUCGACCUGUGCCACGCCGGACACAAGAAGCUAAUGGCGAAUGCGCUGAAAUUUGGCAACCGCCUCAUCGUCGGCGUCUGCGGGGACGAGGAAUGUGCGUCGUACAAGCGACCCCCUAUCAUGACCACGCAGGAGCGGGUAGACGAGGUGCGGCUGUGCAAGUACGUCUCCGAGGUGAUCCCGAACUCGCCCGUCUCGGGGGUGACGGAGGAGAUGAUUCACUACUACAACAUCCACAUUGUGGUCUGCGGGGAGGAGUACAACACGCAGACGGACACGUAUUACGCGGUGCCGCGGCGGCUGGGUAUUCUGCGCACGGUGCCGCGGACACCUGGCAUUUCGACGAGUGUGCUGAUCGCCCGCAUCCGCGCCGCCAGCGAUGACACGGUAGAAGCCAAAGACAAGGCGAACGGCAAGUCGACCGUGAUGGAGGGUGCGUGA